CCAUAUAAAAAGGUUUGCAUUUUGAUGCUCACACCAGUUCAUUUGCCUUCUCCCUCACUCACCUGCAUUGGUGAACUGCUUUACCAGCAUCUCAGAAAGAUGUCUUACUACGAGCAGCGCAAACAGCCCUGCCUGCCCCCUCCCAUUUGUGUGCAGAAAUGCAACCAGUGCGUGGAGCCCUGCAAGACGGUGUGCGUGGAGCCCUGUAGCAACAUUUGCGUGAAGCCGUGCCCCACACCGUGCGUGGAGGUCUGCCCAACACCUUGUGCCACCCAGUGCACCACAUCCUGCACCACGCAGUGCGUGGAGCCUUGUGCCACCCAGUGCACCACAUCCUGCACCACCCAGUGCGUGGAGCCUUGUGCCACCCAGUGCACCACAUCCUGCAGCACCCAGUGCGUGGAGCCCUGCAGCACCCAGUGCGUGGAGCCCUGCCCCACUAAGUGCAUCGAUGUCUGCGUACAGCCAUGUGCCACUCAGUGCUCAACCCAGUGCGUGGAGCCCUGCCCAGCCCCCUGCGUGGAGGUGUGUGCCACCAAGUGCAUUGAUUCGUGCGAGACGGUGUGCUUGGAGCCGUGCAGCACCACCUGCUCCCGCCCGUGCUGAUCGCCUUAACGCAUGAGCCCUGCAUGCAGCCCUGCGUUGCGAUAUCCACAGGCUCUCGCGCAUCUGCGGAAUGAAAAACAGGUUACAGACCCAUCUGCGACGUACUGAGACCUCUCCCGAGCUGGGCACUCCAUGCUCUCUUUGUCUUGGAAAAUAUUUCUCUGAAUGUUUCCAGCCUGUAUCUUUGCUUCCUAUGAUACUUCUGCUACUGCUAUUUCAGCACCUUUUUCCUGGUAACUGCCGUUGGCCAAUAUUAUACUGCUGGGCAUCUUGGGAAGUUAUUUAGCAAUGGUUGUGCUGUGAGCAGUUGAUGUUGGAAGAUGUCUGCCUUCUAUUCUUUAAUUCUCAUCUUGUCUUUUAAUGUCUAUGUGCAGCAAUAAAAACUGACCAUUGUUGGCA